AUGGCCGACAAAACGCCCAAGGAAGGAGUCAAGACUGAGAACAACGAUUAUAUUAAUUUGCAGGUGGCGGGGCAGGAUGGUUGUGUGGUGCAGUUUAAGAUGAAGAGGCAUACACCACUUAGUAAACUACUGAAAGCCUAUUGUGAACGACAGGGUUUGUCGAUGAGGCAGAUCAGAUUCCGGUUCGACGGGCAGACAAUCAAUGACACAGACACACCUGCACAGUUGGCAAUGGAGGGUGAAGACACACCUGAUGUGUUCCAGCAGCGGACAGGAGGUGUCUACUGA